CGUACGUCUAUGUCCUUUGGUUCGGCCUGCGGAACAAAUGUUUCCGUAACAUUCCCGGGCUACAGUUUCACAUCGGACAUAAAUAUGUGUCGGACCAUCAUACCCAAACGAGGACUAGAAAGCCAAUAUAAGAAAUCUGGCGUUGUUUAACAGUUAGUGGGCUGAUGUAAUGAAAACAGUUACAUUAUCUCCGAGGCGGACAUGCUGAUUUUGUUGCCGAAGUUGUUUAUUUCCUGAGAAGAUGUUUGCCAGACCGUUUCGUGUAAAAUCCAACACCGCAAUCAAAGGAUCAGACAGGAGAAAGCUCAAAGCGGACAUAUCUGCAGCCUUUCCUUUACUGUCUGCUGAAGAACUCUCUGAGCUGAUCCCCAACAAAGAGGAGCUAAAUGUCGUGAAGAUUUAUGCACAUAAGGGAGAUGGCGUGAUACUUUAUGUUCUUCAUAAAAAUCCACUAUUCUUUGAACUGGAGAAACACAUUUAUCCAACAGUAUAUGUGCUUUGGCGCUACCCUGCUCUCCUGCCAGUAUUCAGAACAUGGCCUCCAGUGCUGCAGAAGUUGAUUGGAGGGGCAGAUCUCAUGCUGCCGGGAGUGGUGGUGCCUUCGAGUGGUCUCCCAGAUGUGCAACAGGGCAACUGCUGUUCUGUUACGUUAGUCAACAGUAGGGCUCCUGUUGCCGUUGGCACUGCUGCAGUGUCCACAGGAGAGAUGCUCAGUUUGGGUAUGAAAGGAAGAGGAGUGUGUGUUCUUCACACAUACAUGGAUAAUCUUUGGGCUUUUGGAGACAAGUCAUGUCCUCCUUCUCUACCAGAUGCAGAGAUUGAAGGACAGGGGGUGAAUGGAGAAGAAUACGAGUGUGAUGAGGAAGGCGAGGAGGGAGAGGAAGAGGUUGAGAAGUGUGUUGAGGAGGAGCAGAGUCCUAGUGAAGCGGCCCCAGAUCCAGCCUGCUCUGGUAUUGAGGAGCUGAGUCUGGCUGAGCAGGAGGAAGAGAAGGGGGAAAAGGGCAAUGAGGAAGAGGAGGAGAACCAGGGUGACCAUAAAAUGCUGCAAGAGACAAUGGACGGCCUGCUGCUGCAGUGUUUUCUCCACGCUCUCAAGAGUAAAGUGAAGAAGUCGGAACUCCCCCUGCUGACAAGUACAUUUCUGCGCAACCACAUGUUCGCCUGCUGCCCAACUGGAAAACAACUUGAUAUUAAGAAAUCCAGCUAUAAAAAGCUGUCCAAGUUUCUACAGGCCAUGCAGAAGCAACAUAACCUUGUGCGAGUGAAAGAACUGACCAAGGGUGUUGAGAGCAUUGUGGAGGUGGACUGGAAAAACCCAGAACUGCGCUCCUUCAGAGUUCCGCAGGAGACAGAUGUUGUAGCGGCUCCGGUUCAGGAUGGAGGGGAAGGAGAUCCUCCGUACCAUCCUCCUGAGAUCACAACUCUGUACUCGGUGUCAGCUCGACUGGAGCCUCUCUUUCUGGAUGCACAAAAGAGGAAAGGAGCAAUACUGCAGCCUGCUGAAGUGAGACAUAUUAUCACAGAGUAUGUGAAGAAGAAUGAACUGGUGGAUGAAAAUAAUAAAAACUAUGUGAACAUAAACCCCAUUCUGUGUGACUGCUUGCUGGAGAAAUCAGAGUACCAGGAGGUCGAGGCUCUCAAGUGGGACGACCUCUUUAGCAGGACGUUGGGAAGAAUGCAGGAAUGCUAUCAAGUUGUGUUCCCUGGUCAAGCACCCAUAAAAAAGAAGGGCCACAUCGAGCCCAUAGACAUCUCUGUUGCUUCUCGAGGCUCCAAUAAGAAGGUGACUCUAAUAAAAAACCUUGAUGUGUACGGUUUGGAUCCUGCAGUCGUGGCCACUGCUUUGCAGCGCAGAGUCCAGGCCAGCGCUGUUUUACAGCCCAUCCCUGGGUCCAAGGACAAGGUCUUGGUCCAGAUCCAAGGCAACCAGAUUCAUCAAAUCAGCAAUUUGCUGCUAGAUCAUUAUCAGAUUCCUCGCAAGUAUAUCCAAGGGCUAGACAAAGCCCCUAAGGGCGGAAAGAAGAAGUAACAUUUCAACUUUCAUUUAUUCAUGUAAUAAAGCUGGUUUACUGUC